GCCUGCCCCUCAGACAUAGUUUUUAAUUAAAGAAAAUAUUUUAUCAGAAGAAGAUGGCCACUGCCCAGUUGCAGAGGACUUCCAUGGCUGCACUGGUAUUUCCCAAUAAGAUAUCACCUGAACACCAGUCUUUGGUGUUAGUGAAGAGGCUCCUCGCAGUUUCAGUAUCCUGUAUCACGUAUUUGAGAGGAAUAUUUCCAGAAUGUGCUUAUGGAACCAGAUAUCUAGAUGAUCUUUGUGUCAAAAUACCGAGAGAAGAUAAAAAUUGCCCAGCUACACAGUUAGUGAAAUGGAUGCUAGGAUGUUACAAUCCUUUACAGAAAAAAUAUCUAAGGAUGGCUGUUCUAGCUAUAUAAACAAACCCAGAAGAUCCUCAGACAAUUUCAGAAUGUUACCAAUUCAAAUUCAAAUACACCAAUAAUGGACCACUUAUGGACUUCAUAAGUGGAAAUCAAAGCAAUGAGUCUAGCGUGUUAUGUACUGACACCAAGAAAGCAAGCACUCUCCUCAUUCGCAAGAUUUAUAUCCUAAUGCAAAAUCUGGGGCCUUUACCUAAUGAUGUUUGUUUGACCAUGAAACGUUUUUACUAUGAUGAAGUUACACCCCCAGAUUACCAUCCUCCCGGUUUUAAAGAUGGUGAUUGUGAAGGAGUUAUAUUUGAAGGGGAACCUAUGUAUUUAAAUGUGGGUGAAGUCUCAACACCUUUUCACACCUUCAAAGUAAAAGUGACCACUGAGAGAGAACGAAUGGAAAAUAUUUAUUCAACUAUACUAUCACCAAAACAAAUAAAAACACGACUUCACAAAAUCCUGUGGGACGAAGAUGUAGAAGAUGAACAGGCACAUUAUACAAGUGAUGAUUUGGACAUUGGAACUAAAAUGGAAGAGCAGGAAAAAAAAAACCCUGGAUUUUCUGAACUCGGAGAACCAAGUUUAGUUUGUGAGGAAGAUGAAAUUAUGAGGUAUAAAGAAAGUCCAGAUCUUUCCAUUUCUCAUUCUCAGGUUGAGCAGUUAAUCAAUAAAACAUCGGAACUUGAGAUGUCUGAAAGCAAAACAAGAAGUGGAAAGUCUUUCAGAAUAAUGGCAAAUGGAAAUCAACCAGUAACAUCUUCCAAAGAAAAUCGGAAGAGAAGUCAACAUGAAUCUGGGAGAAUAGUGCUCCAUCACUCUGAUUCUUCUAGUCAAGAGUAAGUACCAAAAAGGAGAAAGUUUAGUGAACCAAAGGAACAUACAUAA